GAGAGGAGUAGUGGGCCUAGAGCCCAAACACAAGCAGGAUGGCAGAGACGAAAGUUAGCCUCCCUGCUAAGCUGAUUAAUGGGGGCGUGGCAGGGUUGGUUGGUGUGACAUGUGUAUUUCCUAUUGACCUGGCCAAGACCCGCCUACAGAACCAGCAGGGUAUCCAAGUCUACAAAGGAAUGUUGGACUGUCUGGCAAAGACGAUACGCACGGACGGCUAUUUUGGAUGCUACAGAGGUGCAGCAGUGAACCUCACUCUUGUCACACCAGAAAAAGCCAUCAAACUGGCUGCCAAUGACAUCUUCAGACAGAAACUCUCCAAGGAUGGUCAUUUGCCCCUAUGGGGGGAGGUUCUGGCGGGGUCUGGAGCUGGGACCUGUCAGGUGAUAGUCACCACUCCCAUGGAGAUGCUCAAGAUCCAGCUACAGGACGCAGGAAGGCUGGCUGCCCAAAGGUCUGUCCCAACUCCAGCUCAGGCAGCUGCUCCUGGUCCAGCUCCAUCAUUGGUGGCCCCCCCACCAGCUCCGCCAGCACCUCCACAAAGGCCGUCGGCCACCAGCAUCACUGUGGAGCUGCUGAAGACUCGUGGCCUGGCUGGCCUCUACAGGGGGGCAGGAGCAACCUUAAUGAGGGAUGUUCCCUUCUCAAUGAUCUACUUCCCGCUGUUUGCCAACCUUAACGCGCUGGGCCGGGAAAAGUCUGGUGGUGUGCAGGCCCGGGCGCCAUUCUGGCAGUCCUUCAUUGCGGGCUGUACCGCAGGCUCAGUGGCAGCUGUGGCUGUAACACCACUGGAUGUAAUAAAGACCCGUCUGCAGACCUUGCAAAAAGGUGAAGGGGAGGACACGUACAAAGGAAUUGUUGACUGCACACAGCGCAUCUUGAGGCGAGAGGGCCCAUCAGCAUUCCUGAAGGGUGCAACAUGUCGCGCUUUAGUCAUCGCUCCUCUUUUUGGCAUUGCACAGGGUGUCUACUUUCUAGGGGUAGGAGAGACGGUGCUAGGGUUGCUGGGAUAGCAGUGCUUGGCAUGGUGGCAGCGGUCGCGUUGUCUCUGUACAGAUAAUUUGCUGUGUUAAUCUGUGGUGCAUGCACAACCGAGUGAAUACAUCGAGAGAGAAAGACGGCCACAAUCUGCUAUCCAAAGUAUGAGGAAAGGGUCUGAGAUAUGAGGAGGCUCUUUUUACUAAUAUGUGAAUCAAGUGGUUCACACUAAUCAUGUUUCUUUAGGUUUCCAACAUGCUGUCAACAGGGUUCUCUAGGUUGAACAGGGUCCUGUGUAUGUGUGUGACUAAUCUGAGGG